UGAAUGAAUUCAUAUUGUACCAUUUUGUACAAAAAUGAUUGAAUGCAUUGUGAUACAAGUAUGUGUAGCGCUGUUAUGCGUACUCAUCCUACAGAAGAUCUUAAAAUGGCUGCUUGGUAUUAAUUUCAAGUCAAGGCAAUCGACGAUGCAAAAUAAAUUGCCUAAUAGCAAUACACGACCUCUUGGCAUUAGUGAAGAUUUUCUUUACACUUUGGGCACUGAAAAAGAAGGUUCGGGAAAAAUAUCUCUCACUCUUUUACUCACAUCUUAUGAAAGCCUUGCUCAUCAACAUGUCCACGACAGUGUGCUGUUGUUGAUGAAGCGACAACCAAUGCUUCGUGCAAUUAUUGCGAAAGAUGAGAACUGUAGAAAUUAUUUUGAUAUAAAAGAAAUUGGGGAAGUGAUGGAAAUGAUGGACAUCUCGACUUCGGAGGUGAAAGCUUCAAAAUGGAAAGAUGUUUGGUUUGAAUACACGAAGAAACAGGCAAGGAAUGGUCUUUUAUGGCGGCUUGUUAUCCUGCAGGAAGAACACAGCUUACAUUCUGGAGAAUAUGUAAAUACAUUUAUGUUCAACUUUAAUCAUGCGUGUAUUGAUGGCGUCUCUAGCGUAAAACUGUGUAAUCAAUUUCUUAAUAACUUAAAUAAGCUUGUGAACGAUUCUUCUUAUGUUGAAAAAGAUAUCGAUAGUCUUCAGUUAUCGCCAUAUUUUCACGAUAUGAUCAAUAAAACUCGAAAAGUCACUUUAUAUGUGAACGUAUUAUGGGUUGUGGCCUUCGACCAAUAUUAAAGUAUCUUAUGAUUAGGCUUACCAAAUGGUCCAUCAGUAAAAAACCUGACAAUCCAUUAUAUUCUAGCAGUUUCCAAUAUCAUGAAGAUAAAGAUUGUCAAUUUAGUGUGAAAGUUUUUACAGUAAACGAGACUGAGAGAAUAGUUGAAGCUUGCAGAAAGAAUCACUGUACUGUAACUGGACUGUUGUUGGCCAUUGCACAAUACACGAUUUGUGGUCUACUAAAGCCUCAUCGGGCGAAAACGAUAGAGUAUAAGUUUGCUAUUAAUAGUCGACGCUUUUGCCCUAAACCACCCGAAGAUUACAUUGGUCUAUUCGCGUACGUUUGCCAGGAAUUUUAUAUGAGUUAUAUUGAACAAAACCCAACAAAUUAUUCAAAUUCAAUUUGGAAUUUAGCCUGCGAUACCAGUCAGCGAAUACGAGAAUGCAUUGACAGCGAAAGUUUUAUCUUGAAUCACACUGUCGUAAGCAAGAUUUUUGAUUCAAUGAACUUAAUGAAUCUUCUUACUGAUGAGAAAGAGAUGAACAAGUCCACUACAAAUUUUGUGUCGAGUUUUGGUUCUUUUGACUUUGGCAAUCAAGAAAUCAAGAGGUUCAAACUAAAAAAUUGUUUCAUCAAUAAUCUGAUCCACGGGCUGCAUUGCUUUCACAACCACUACAAUUACACAAUCAAUGGUAAAAUGACGUGGCAGAUUCUGUCAAGUAAUAGCAUUGAUGACAAAAGUCAUAACGAAACGUUUGCAAAACUUUGUUUUGAUCAACUUCUUCAAAUAACAAAUGUUAACAGUAAAAUGUAACAAGGAUAUUUUAAACAGUUUA